AUGAAUUCUAAUUCUACAGAACUAUUUCUUCACCGUUGCAAGUUAUUUUUCAAAGCACUAAAUGAAGGGAAAACUUCCUUUUUCUUCUCUGAUGUACCUAAAUGGUUGCAUGCAGAUAAAUAUUUCUUUCCGGAAUAUAUUAGAGCUCCACUUCAUGGCCUACAUGGAGAGUAUUCUUGGGACCAGAAAGAUACCAAUAAAAUAAUAAAGUCAAUUGUAGUAGCACUUUUCCGUGUAUAUCCUUCUUACUUCACUUCGGAAAUGGUCUCUACUAAUUACACCAACAGAACUGGAUGGGUAUCCUUUAACUCUUCCCAGAAUCUCAUGAAUAAACAUGAAGCCAAUUUGCAAAAUAAACUUGUCCAAAAUUUCGAACGCCUCUUUCCAAAAAAUUGGCUACUAGGCUUUAAGCUCUUAUAUAAAUAUGACUGGCAUCCAGUUCCGAAUCGUCCGGACAUGGGGAGAAGUGACAUUAUUCUUACGAACGGAAAGGGAAUCUUUGCGGUUGUCGAGACGAAAGUCAUCAAUUCAUACAACAGUUAUGAAAAGCGUCGUGAUGUAAAAAGACAGGCUGCUGAGUAUAAAACCAUGUUCCUUGAGCACUUCGCUGAUGAUCCCGCAGUUAUUGCAGUUAUCGGUGUUUGGUUUACAAAUGAAAUCCAUGUUGGUGGAUUAUCCGAAAACAGUUCCAUUGGAUUCUCCAGUGAUAUAGACGAAGCAAUUGCCAAAGCCGUAGAACCAGUUGAUACCGACAUAAUUAGCAAGGUUGAUUCAACAUCCACAGGCGAUAAGAAAAAACGUUUAUGGAUUGCCUUCGAGGAUUUGAUUUGUAUCACCGAGGAUAAACAGCACAAAGUCCCAAUGAG